AUGAACUCUUUCUACUCGGGCUUCAACGCCAUCGCCUCCGACAGAACUGAUAAGCUCUCUAUCCCCUACCAAGGCGCCGGGUACCACUUCAGUGCGGCCCCUAGCUCGGGAACUUACCCUGUACCGCCGAGCGUCAGCGGAUCUGCAACCGAGUAUCCAAUGUUUGGGGCCCCGCAGCUGGUUCAGGCCAACAACUUCGAAUUAGAAAGUUACAUCAAAAUUGACCCCGACGAGCUGACUCUGUACUAUGCCGGCACGCAGUCCGUGCAGAUUGAGCGGCUGGAUGUGACGGCACAGCCCGUGCCGGGUGCCGACCUGUCGGGAAACUUUGCGUCCAUCCGCAUCUCUAUUUUGAAGGGCAGAUAUAGACUGCUGGUAUCUCACUUGAAGUAUGGAGUGGAUGGGAACAAGCAGAAGGCCUGGUCUGCUUGGAUGAAUGGUGUUAUAGUCGUCCUGCAGGAUUACUAUGCUUUAGGAUAUUCUGUGAGCAAAGCCAUCAUUCUCUAUUAUUAG